AAUAGUUCAAAAGUUUAAACAUGUGCAUGUGUAGGUUUACUAAAAUCAGAGCAGCCGCAUAAAAAUACGCAUACAAGCCAAGCUUCUAUUAUCAAUCGCUCACAUAAAGGUUAACAUUUGUUUUUUUUUUACACAUUGCUUGGCCACAUCGCUAACGCAGACUGACCAACAGAUAAACAAUACAGUUAGGAGCUGUUAAUUAAUAUUAACAAAACAAUUAAAAUGCGCAAGACAUGGGUAAAACGCGAGAAUAUUUACUACAAGCCAUUCUACAAGGACAAAUCCAAAAUGUUUUUUCUGUUAAUUUUUUUGGUUGGAAUCUCAUUCAUUGCAUAUCAGGCCUUCUCGCUGAAUCAGUUGCCCAGCGUUCAGCAGCUGCGACGCAAGCACAAACAAAUGAUGCAGUCUCUGGGCAGCAAACAGCUGGAUGUGGACGACUUUGAUGGCGGGGGCGGUGCCGGUUGGGGUCUCAAUCUAGCUGUGCCUGCAACCCAAGAUGCAGACGCCAUUAAGAUCAUACGCGGCAUACGGCUCUUCGACUAUGAUGCCUACAAGCCCAAUUAUAAAGGCAACUUCAAGUGCCUGGAUGGUAGCAAGGAGAUUCCGUUUGACCAUCUCAAUGACAACUAUUGCGACUGUGAUGCUGAUGGCAGCGAUGAGCCGAGCACGAAUGCCUGUGCCAAUGGGCGUUUUUAUUGCAAAUACCAAAAAAGACAUAUCACGGGACGUGGCCUGGAUGUCUGGGUUUGGGCGUCCCGGGUGAACGACAACGUUUGUGAUUGCUGCGAUGGCAGCGACGAGUGGACGACACAUGUCAAGUGCCAAAAUAAUUGUGCGUAGCUUUUCAUUGGUGCAGCUAAGCAGACCACCGGGCGCAGAACUCCACUUCUAUCUCAUACGCAUCUCAAAGAUUACUCUGUUAGUGUUAAAAUCGCAUCACAAAACAUAUUUUUUGUAGAACAUUUUUGAUUACGAUUACGAUAAACUUGUAAUUUAUUAAAAAAAAAAAAGAAGAAAAAAACUAGGCGGUAUGUUUAAGUAGAUUGAAUAAAAACACAUUAAUCUUAAAAA